AACCAUAUUCUCUCUCUCUAUCUCUCUCUCUCUCUCUCAUUCUAAAUCGCUCUGCUCAGCCACCCCCACCCCACGCCACCUCACAUCCUUUUCGUAUUAUCGCUCGCUCGCUCGCUCGCUCGCUCUUUCUCGUUUCCAAUAUUUACCCGCCAAAAAGGUACAUAAUUGAAUCCCCUCACCUUCCAAAUUUUCAAAUCCCGCAAACCCCUAAACCUCUCUCUCUCCCUCUCUCUCUCUCUCGCGCUUGCUCUCUUACUCUCUGAGCUUUCCCUCUCUUGCACGUCUUUCUCACUCUACCUCCUCCACACGGCGUCGUUUUCUUUCUCCUAACUCAUGGAUCCGACUCCGACUCCGGAUGUUGAAGAAACGGUGCGUUCCGACCCUGCGCCUCCCAAUUUGGACGGUGCUCCAGAUGCGUCUGUUGGGGACAAGAGGCCGGUGGUGGUGGUAGAAAAUGGCUCAGCCGGAGACCAAGGGUUGAGCAAGAAGCCCAGAUUGGGGACUGGUCCCGCUGGUGGGGACCUUAAGAAAGUGGCUGAGAUCGUUUUGGUGUUGUCGACGAUGGCUAGGAUUCGUGGCGGCAAGAAACCGACGGAAUUCGAGGUUGGGCUUAUGUCGGAGGCAAGGGCUAAGCUGGUGGAGCUUUGCCAAGGGUUGGCGCCCAAGGAUAUUGUGGCUAGGGAUACAAUCGGGGCUGUCAUUGAGGAUUUGGGGCUUAAUAGUAAGCUUAAGGAUCAGAGGUUAGGGUUUCGUGGUCCAAAGUUGACGAUAGCAGAGAGGUUGUCCGCGACAAAGAAGAAGAUGGAAGAACCCAGGAAAUAUAACGCACAUCCUUCUGCAUAUUCAUCUCACCCGAUGCAAACAAGCUUUGGUACAGCAGCUGAAAGCCGUGGGGUUUCUCCUGCUAUGCGAAUGAUUCCUUCAGAAAAGCCAAGUCUCACACAAAUUUCUACUGGAGGUGCAUCAGCUUCUUUGCCUCUUGGUCAUGUAUCAACAACUCCUACGUCUGUACAGCAUCAGUUGCCAGCUAAUGAAGUCAGAGCAUCUAUGCUAUCUAGUGGAUUGCCUAGCAGUCAUCUAGGAAGGGAUUCAUCUUUAGCAUUGCCUAGGGUUGAAAGAACACAAGUCAAACCAGAUGGAGGACCGUCUUCGUAUGCAUCUCAAGGACAAGUAAAUUCUCAUGCCAAUCAUCAAGUAAAUGCUCCAGCUUGGUCUCUGCAAACUCAACCAGCAAAAAGCAUACCAGAAAAUAACAAGCUUCCAAAUCAUACAUCUGCUAAGGUUGAUGGAACUUCUGAAAUGAGUAUGCCACGGGUAACUCCUCUAGCAGCAAGAGAUCAGACCUUUAGGCCAUUUAUUACCCAAACAGCACCUGGAAAUUUGCCAAGUAUGCAUCAGCCUUUGCAUGCCAUGAACUAUGUUCAAGCUGCUCCACUUUCUAAUAAUCACAAUGAAAUUGCUAAGAUAGUUCAGAAGUUGUUACAACCUAAGCUUCCUGAUCAUCCCACUUGGAUUCCUCCAUCAAGGGACUACAUGAAUAAGGCUUUAACAUGCCAAAGUUGCCAGCUUACCAUCAGUGAGGUGGAUAGUGUUCUUAUUUGUGAUGCUUGUGAGAAAGGAUAUCACAUAAAGUGUUCGCAGUCAUCUAACCAAAGAGGAAUUCCUAGGGGUGAAUGGCACUGUGCAAGAUGCUUGGCAUUUAGCAAUGGAAAGCCUUUGCCCCCUAAAUAUGGCCGUGUCAUGAGAAGUAAUACACAAGCGAAAAUUCCCUCUAGCACCGCUGGAGUUCAGCUAUCAUCAGAAAAGAAAGUUGGAACUGUAGAUCCGAAGGUUAGUCAACAGACUAUGGUUGCAAAUGGAAGCCCUAAUUUACAGACUCCUUCUCAUAUAGGUGGAGGCAGUGACCAUGUUGAUUCAGCAUUGGAUUCUAAGAAUCCCAGUGCAAGAGAAAUGAGUAAUCUCUCAUUGAACAAUCAAACUAUGGAUGACAAACAAGUUUCAGGAAAUUCCCCAAAUAUUUUGAUGAAACCUUUGGAAGCAGCUUCUGGUUCUCAUUCUGUUGAGCCAUCAAGUGAAAGAUCUUCUUAUGAUGUAAAAAAUUUGGAGUCAUCUACCGUUGAAGAGGGAUGUCCUAAACUAAAAUCAGUCCCUCUUACUAAUUCAUCCAACAGAGUUACUAAUAAGUUUGACCAUACCCAACCCUCUCAUGACUCACAAAGUACUGACCAAGCAGGGCCACCAAACUCUGCAGACGUUCCAUCCAGGGAAUUACAAGACAACAACACUGCAGUGAAAGAUCCAGAUAAAUCGCAUUUAUUCGAGAAUUCUAGUUACACUAUAAGGUAUGAUAGUAAGCGAGAUGAGCAAGAUGGUGCACAGAAAAAUACUGUUGAAAGUUCUGCCACUAGUACUGGGGCUACAGAGCACUCUGUACAUUCUUUAGAUGGCUUGCAUGGUGUUGAAUGGAUUGGUGAUGCAGUUCAAGUUGUUGAUGAGAAAACAUUUUACCAUGCUUGUUGCGUUAAUGGAUUAACAUAUAAACUGCAUGAUCAUGCGCUUUUUCGGUCUAGCAAUGGCAAAUUGAUACCUUCAAAACUCCAGUCCAUGUGGGAGGAUUGCAAAACUGGGUCAAAGUGGGUUAUUGUCAAUAGGUGCUACUUUCCUGGGGACUUGCCUGAGAAUGUUGGUCGCCCAAGUCCCCCGGAAAGCAAUGAGGUUUAUGAAUCUAAUCAUGAUGGCACUGUAAUGGCUGGAUUGAUUCAAGGCCCGUGUGAAGUUCUUCCUCCUGUCAAAUUUAAAGAAGAAAAUGAAAGGCGGAGUCAGUUAGAACUUGAGCCUAAUAGUGCAUUGCGACCAGCUUUUCUAUGCAAAUGGCUUUAUGAUGAGUUUAAAGGAUCUUUUCAGCCCGUUUCUAGUUAAUCCUCUGGUACAUGAUUUGAUGACUUGAUUCUGGCAACUCUACCAAGCUACCUUUGAUCAAGUAGCCUGCGAUAGAUGGCCCCUUGAGUACUUGACGGAAUUCCAGUAUUGAUCUCUUGUACCUUAUGUGUAGGCAGGACCGGCUCUACUAUGGCCUUAGGCGAGAAUUAAAAAAUGAGGCUAAUUUUAUUGUAUAUUGUUUUUAUAUCAAUAAUGUUAACAAUAUAGUUUAAUGAAAUUCAUUUAUCUUGUUUUGCUUUGAUUA